AUGAGCAACAACAGCUCCAUCGUGGGUGCUCCAAAGCUUGUAGCACGCGCGCAGCUGCGGAAGCUCCUGAAGCGGUGGAGCGGACACAUCCCGGUAUCGAUGAAGUACGAGCGGGGGAAGAAGGAAGCAGUGCCUAUCCCUGUCCCUGAUGCCCAGCCUAAGCCUCUUAGUGCGGCAGAACGCGAGACGCUCAGCACUCUCGCCCCGUGCGUCUACAAACUCGUCAACUACAGCGACCCCAACCACGCAAGCCUGUGCCCCAACCCUGCGUACCGGAAGCUGUUCUACCACCUGGGCUUCAUGCACAGCGACGCCGAGCUCCUCCGGCACGGGGCUCAGGACACGGUCGUGCAGAUCCUGACGACUCUCAAGCUGUCCGCAGGGGCUCCGCACAUCGAGAUUGAGUGCGAGUGGGAUCAGGCGCUCCACACUUAUGCCCCGUGCCUGCAGGCCGUCCUGCUCAGUGGCAUUGACCGCGAUCAGACGCGCAAGGGGUUUCGGAAGUCUGGGAGCACGUGGAAGUCGAGGGAGAAGCGGCAGGGCACCGGCUACAAGGUGGACGCCAAUCUGCUCUACGCCCUCGCCCCGCUGCUCCAGCAUCUGCUGCGCCUCUCAUUCUGGGAGACGGACUACAUCGCGAACCACCAAGCGUCCGCGCUGUUGUGCGAGGCCCUGGGGGUGGAGAGGGGCGAGAUCUGCUGGGGGUGUCUCCCUGGGGAUCGCGGGUCGCAGCGGGUGGGGAAGGACGUCUACUUCGACAGGGUGCCGGAGCUGGUCGAUGAGAUCCGGGAGCUGAUGUCGGGGCCGUGCCGGGGCACCUCGGACGGGAUCCUCGCCGGGGAGGCCUACGUUGCCAAUCAGCACCGGCUCAGCUCCAGCAACGUCUACCACCGGGUGUUCCGCGACGUCCCGCAGGAUGCUGGGAAGGAUAAACCUAACGGGAAAUGCAUCGGUGGUGAGAGGGACGUCAAGUGCAACGAGGAGACCGACGAUGGCUGUCCAGAGCUGGUCUCAGACGAGGUGGCGAAGAAGGGGGCCAAGAAGGGGGGCAAGAAGGUUCGGUGUCAGAAAGCUGAGAGAAGCGACACGGAUGGAGUGAUGAUCGUCACGUGCAAGCACCUCUUUAUCUACUACUACCACGUUCUCCUUCGACACGAGUCUCUGCACGACGUCUUCACCUUCCUCGUCACCCGCUUCGAGCACCGGCCUCCCAAAUUCAUCAUCUACGACAACGCUUGCGAGCUUGCUCGCUAUUGCAGAGCGCGCUCGCCAGAGUUCUUCGCUCGCACGAUGUUCCUGACGGACGUCUUCCACGGUGUCACCCACAAGUGCUCUGACGAAUUCAAGUACCAUGCACACCUCCUGAAAGAGGGGCGUGAGUUUCAAGGGCCCCGCGUCACCGGCCCCCAAGAGGUCAUCAACGGUGUCAUGAAGCGCUUUGACAGUACACAAGCUGCCUCCAUUA